AUGGCUUCAUCUGCGUCAACCAGUAAAUGUCAGUUUAAUACUGAAUGUAAAAAAAGUGGUAUCGCUUUGUGUGACGGAUGUAAAUCGAAAUUUUGUACCGAACAUUUUGUUCAACAUAGACAAAAGCUAAACAAUGAUUACCAAAGUGUACUGACUGAUCGAGAUCUGUUGAGACAACAUUUCAAUUCACCUAUGCUCGACGAUGCUAAUCAUGAGCUAUUUAAACAGCUUAAUGAAUGGCAAGUGGAAAUGACUGAACAAAUUGAACACACAGUCGAAAAUGGUCGUAAAAUGCUUCUACAAGCAAUUAAUGAUAACCGUAUUAAAAUCUGUGAAGUAUUUGGCCAGCUGAGUGAAGAUCUGCGUAUAUGUUCGGAAAAUGAUAGUUAUUAUGAAGAAGAUAUCAAAAGAUUUGCUCAGCAGUUGAAACAAUUGGAAACUGAAUAUUCAACAUCAACAAAUAUUCAUCUUAAAUUUCAGCCAGUUGAUUUAAAACGUACAAUAAAAGUUGAGGACGAUCACAAACAACAACCAAAUGAAUCAAUAACUAGAGAAGUAGUAGCAGUACAAGUUUCGUUACCGGCACCUAUAUCGAAAAAACCAUUAUUCAACAGUCUGUCGAUAUUCAGAGAAAUGCCAAAAUCUACCAUUAAUACAGCGUCAGAAUAUUUAUCUGCAUCUGGCGAACAAAUUCUGAAUUCUGAAUACAUUAAUAAUUGGCUGAUUGGAGAAACAAGAGAAGCAGAAAAUUAUCACACAUUAAAAUUAUUAAACAAACAAGGUCAAGUUGUUGAUAUUGAUGUUGUUUAUGGAAAAGUGAUUCAUACAGCAAGCUUAAUGGGUGAAAAUACAAUGGUUAUUGCUGUUACCAGAACGUAUAAUAAUACCAAACGAUUAGAAAUUUAUAACUAUGACCAUGUGUUUAAGAGAAAAUAA